UUUAUGCCAAAGACCUCCCAUAUGAUGGCCGGAUUGGCCUCCGUCGACUUAGCCGUUGCUUCCUCCCGCCACACGGAACGGAACGCAGGAACCAUGCCUCUCAUGCACUCCCUCCAUCUCCCUACCCUCUGUUCCUCCCAAAAUCCUAACCCCAACCCUAAUUCCCCUCCUCUCUCUUCUCCACACCCCCCUCUCCUCCUACGAUUCCGCCCCUCGCGGCGCCAGAAGAUCCAAUACCUCAAAACCCUCGGCGUCGACACCUCCUCCUCCUCCUCCUCCUCCUCCUCCUCCUCGCUGGAAACCCUCGAUUGGAUCCUCUCCAUCGUCGACUACCUCAGAUCCAAAGGCUUCUCCGACUCCCAUUUCCCCCGGCUCUCCUUCCUCUGCCCCAGGAUCUUCUCCUCGGCCGACAUCGAUCGCACCCUCGCCCCUGUCUUUGCCUUCCUGGCGACCGACCUCUCAGCCGAUCACGAGCAAGCUCGUGAUCUCAUCCUCCGGUGCCCUGAGCUCCUUGUCUCCAACGUCGAGUAUCGACUUCGGCCGACCCUUCAAUUCCUCCACGAGCUGGGGCUCAAGAACCUCAACUCCCCCACCAAUCUCAAUGCCCACCUCCUCAAUACCCCCAUCGAGAAGCUUGUCUCCAAGAUCAGAUUUUUAGAGAAUCUGGGGUUUUCUUACGAGGAGUCAGCUGGUCUUUGUGCCCGCUGUCCAGCAAUCUUUGGCUACAGUGUGGAAAAUAACCUGAGACCUAAGAUCGAGUACCUGGUGAACAAUAUGGGGAGGUCGGUGGCUGAGCUGAAGAAGUUUCCACAGUACCUUGCUUUCAGUUUGAAGAAGAGGAUAAUUCCGAGGCACUUGCAUUUGAAGCAGAGGAAUGUUCAAAUUCCAUUGCAGAGGAUGCUGUUGUGGAGCGAUGAGCGGUUUUAUGCUAAAUGGAAGUGAAGCAUGUCGAGGCAUGCACUGGUGUGGAACGGAGGCUGCUGCUACUCACCAUAUGGAACAAGGAAGUGAUCUAGCAGGUAAUAUUUUAUAACAGACAUAGAUGAUGAGAACAUCAUUGCAAAAGUUGAUGUUGUUUUGGCAAUCUCUGUGAGUCUGUUUGGAUAAUCCAGCAGGAUUGGGUCGGAUUUCUUGCUGGCUUCGUGAAUCGGGCAGCCCAUUGGAGCAUGGCCUAUAUCAACCCAACACCAGACUGGCCCGAAUCCUUUUGGAGGAAAAAAAUCCACCGAGGUUUUUUUUUUUUUUUUUUUUUUUUUUUUCUGUCCACAAGAUUUGGAUUGGAGGGGUGUCGGGUUGAUAUGGGCCCCGACCCAAAUAAACUUCCCAAUCGAUGAAUCCAGUAAGAAAUCGAUGAAGCCGCCUCCGAGCGCAAGCAGAUCUCCAACUAUCCUGGCUACAACACCAUAGAAGCAGUAUAGAAAAGCUGGUACCAUCUCCAUGUUAGGCUAUUGUCCUCAUUCCUUUGUAAAGGCAAUUGCCUUCAUACAAUGUAACACCAACCGCAAUUGGCACCUUGAUGACACAAUUUGUCUGAUGUGUCAUCUUCCAUAAUGUGUCAUGAAGAAAUAAAGCCUUGAACAUAACUUCUUACUGAUCUGGUGGCUGAUACUUCAAAUGCUCAGCUUCUGCUAGAA